UAUGUAUACAUAUACGAAUAUAUAUACAUACAUACAAAUAUUUAUAUAAACGAAGAAAAACAAACAAGAUCAGAGUCAAGAAGUAUUGGAAGAAUGUAAAAGAAACCGAAAAUUAAAUAAAACCACCGGUGGGAUUCUUUUCAUUGUACCAUUCCAUUCUGAACUGAAGUAAUCAUCUUUUAAACCCAGGUCGUCGCCAGAGGUGUGAAACCGUUUUUUCUCUCAAAAUGUUAGAACAAAUGGGCAAGAAAAAAAGAAAAAAACAACAGAGGGAGAUGAUUCGCUUAAUUAGCAAUAAUUACAUUCGGGAUAUGAUUAUUCCUAGACAACAUGUUGAACGUCCUGCUAUCACUCUGGACUGCGCGGAAUAUGAGCGAAUCAAGGAGAACAGUAGGAACAUGGCCGAAAAACUGAAGGCCGAAGGGGAGAGGCUGGUGAAAGAGCAAGAACAGAAGCUGUCCGGGGUUGCGGAGCGAAAGAAACACUUGCAGAAAUGUCAGAUCAAGACAGACUACGACUUGGGGGAUGUCAGUGAAAAUAAGGCGAGUUCCAUAUUGGCUGAAGCUAAUCAAAGAAUUUUUGAAAGAGACAUGGAAAUCAAAAUCUUCAAUGAGUUAAUCGAGGACGCCAAAUCUCACGCCACUCACGAUCUUCAGGUAAAAGAGAAACACACUAUCGAACAACACAAUGUAGCAGAAGACAAACUUAACCGUUUGCAGCCGUUUACUCCGCAUGCAGGAAUUGAACACCUAUCUGGUAUAUCUUUAACUACUUCUGACGAGAUUCGACUUUCAAAUAAUUUUUAA